UCAAAAUCAUUAAAAAUUUGACCAAAGGCAAAAAAAAGCAGGCGUUCCUCGUAGUCUCGUCCCAGUUUUUAUUACUCUUGCUCGGUCUCGUCCCCAGGCUUUGCUCGUUUGGUUGAUGUGUACGACGUGACGUCAGCGAAUCUUGGAAAAUGUUCUCAGAAAAUCGGAAUUCCCCUCAAAAUGGCUUCAAAAUUCAACGAUUUUAACCCCAGAACCAGCUCAAGACGGCUCCGAAUGAUAGAUCCUGGACAGGAGUUCCUAUUUGAAUGAUUAGCCGUUGAGUUUUUAGUUUUUUUUGUGUUUUUUAUGGUGGAAGUUGACGGUCGGGGAAGAAGAUGGCGACCCGCCGUAAUGGCGUCUACAUCAUCCAAGGAGAAAUUUCUUUAGUUGUUUCUGCCUUAAGGAGAAACGUUCGUUGGGGUUCACACAGCCACCAAGAUGAAGAGCAAGAUCCGUUGCUUCAUGGUUUUUCUCAACUGAAAGAUCAACUCUGUACUGUUAAUGAUCUUAGCGAGGUAGAUGUCAACACAUUUCUGGGGCCAUUUCUCGAUGUUAUUCGUUCGGAGGACACCACUGGGCCAAUAACUGGGGUGGCUCUUACGUCGGUUAAUAAAUUCCUCUCCUAUGGAUUGAUAGAUCCCUCCAGUGAGAGCACAGCAUCUGGUAUAGAGAACCUUGCAGAUGCCGUCACCCAUGCCCGGUUUGUGGGUACAGACCCUAGCAGUGAUGAGGUAGUGCUAAUGAAGAUCCUCCAGGUUCUGAGGACCCUACUCUUGACUCCCGUCGGGGCUCACAUGACUAAUGAGUCUGUUUGUGAGAUCAUGCAGUCUUGUUUUAGAAUCUGCUUUGAGACUAGACUGAGUGAACUACUGCGGCGAUCAGCAGAACAAACCCUUAUGGACAUGGUACAACUCUUGUUUUCAAGGAUGCCGCAGUUCAAAGAAGAUUUUAAACCUGGGCAGAUCCCUAACAUCAGAAAGGUAUUUAAGAGAGCUGGAGCGAUAUCUUCUGGCAAGAAGAAAAAGCAUGCAUCACCCAAGCCCAGAAGAGCGCAUCAUGACAGCACACACUCAACCACGCCCACAGAAGAACAACCCAGCUCAKUUGAAAUGGCAAAUCAGCCACAAACCAAAGAGACAGCAGAGACCAAGAAUGAUACUAUUUCUACCAUGGAAGAAAUAAGCUCUGCAUCGAAGGACAUACAAGAUGAAGAUGGACAAAGUAAUGAUGUAACGGAUGUCCCAAGUGGAUCUGAAGGAGACAUUAUAGAAAGGGGCUCUGAGCAACAAGAGACAGGGCCAUCAUCUAGUGAUACAGCAGAACCCCAAAGCGAUGAGGGACCUUCAGUAGCUUCUCGUAUAAUGCAGGAAGGUGAUGGGGAUUCAAUCAGUGUUGAAGGAAUGGUUAUUUCAGAGGAAGAACGAGAUGGCCAUGCUGAGAGAGUAAACGAACAGGACGGCACAGAAAGUGUUGCUAGUACCAUCAUGACRGAGGAGGAUAUAGACGACAAUAAGGAUUUUGCGUCUGUAGAAACAGAUGAUGGUGAUGAUGUAGUAGAAGUACAUGCUGAUGGCAGAACGUCAGAUAUGUUGGGAACAAAUGAUGAGUAUGUCAAUCCUAGAGGAGUCAGAUUUACGCCACAAGAACCUGCUAAAGAUGGUGCAGGGCCGCUAGUUCCCUAUGGUUUACCUUGUAUUAGAGAACUCUUCAGAUUUUUAACAUCACUCAUCAAUCCACAUGACAGGCAUAACUCAGAAGCCAUGAUCCAUAUGGGGUUGUCUCUGUUGACUGUAGCCCUGGAGGCUGGUGCUCACCAUCUAGGGAAYUUCACCUCAGUAAUGAACCUAGUCAAAGAUGACAUGUGCAAGAAUCUAUUCAUGCUUUUACAGUGUGAUUUUCUUGGUCUGUUUGCCAUGGCAAUGCGGGUUUGUUUCCUGCUAUUUGAAGCUCUGCGCACCCAUCUCAAGCUACAAUUUGAGAUGUUCUUCAAGAGACUGAUGGACAUACUGGCCAUGGACUUUCAGAGUGUUCCUUAUGAGAAGAGAGAACUAAUCCUGGAUGCUAUCAACCAGCUGUUCCGUGUCCCAAACCUGGUCACUGAGAUAUACCUCAACUAUGAUUGCGAUCUCUACUGCACAAAUGUCUUUGAGGAACUCUGUAAGCUUCUUUCAAAGAAUGCUUUCCCAUCAGCGGGGAGUCUGUACAGUGUACACAUCCUUGCACUAGAUGCUCUGCUUGCUGUGGUACAAGGGGUAGAAGGUCACUGUCAUGCUGCACUUGUUAGCUCUAUGGAGAAGGCUGUGGAAGACAGCAUCCCUUUUAGUAAAAUGGAGAAGAUGAAGAAGAGAGAGAAAAUAGAUGAUGAUGAUUCAGGCCCAGAUGACAACGGUGACACACCAGUACUCAGCCACCCCUCCCCUCCAACUUCAGGGUUUGCCAUGGCACAGACRAUGAGAGUAGGGGUAAUGUCUGAGUACUCUCAAUCUGAUAAGCUCAAGGAUGAAAGCACAGAAAAGGUCAAUAAUUUAUUAAAUGAAAGAUUCCAUGGCUUGUCAACUGGGUUGUUAUUUUCUUCUUCGCUGCCUACUCCUGAAAUGCUGGCCAAACUAAAGCAGAAGAAAAAGUUAUUGCAAGCAGGGUCAGAACAAUUCAACAACAAGCCCAAGAAAGGCAUCGAGUUCCUCCAAGAACAUAACCUACUACAUCGUCCAUUAGAACCUGAAGAAAUGGCCAGAUUCUUACGAGAAAACCCAAGACUUGACAAAAAGACCAUUGGUGAAUAUAUCGGCAACAAACACAACGCUAAAGUACUGGACGCGUUUGUUAGGAGUUUUCCACUGCAUGACUUGAGGGUAGACGAAGGACUGAGGUCAUUCCUGGAAACGUUCCGUCUUCCUGGAGAAAGUCCUGUCAUUGAACACAUCAUGGAAUAUUUCUCGGAGUAUUUUUUUGUUAGCAACCCAGAUGUCUACGCCCAUAAGGAUGCUGUAUUUACUCUAACCUAUGCUGUAAUCAUGCUGAAUGUUGAUCAACACAAUACUAACAUCAAGCAACAAAAACCAAUGACARUCGAGGAUUUCAAGCGAAAUCUAAGAAAGAUCAACGGUGGAGUGGAUUUCCCUUCGACGAUGUUAGAAGAGAUCUAUCAUGCCAUAAGGACUGAGGAGAUAGUUAUGCCAGCAGAACGAACUGGAAGAAUACGUGAAAACUAUGACUGGAAGAUGCUGUUACGUCGUAGUAAUACCCACGAGGGGAAAUACAUCAGUGGCGUUGAUUCCAGUUUUGAUCAAGAUCUGUUCGCUAUUAUCUGGGGACCAACUGUCGCGGCUCUCUCAUAUGUCUACGAUAACGCUCUGGAGAAGAAUGUGGUCCAGAAGGCUAUAUCAGGAUUUAGGGAUCGAGUAUCGAUGUUAUGGCAUACCAUUAGAGAUCAUCUAUCCAAUAUCAUUAUCAAUGCAACUCACCACAGUUCUCUGGUUGAACGAUCAGUCGUAGGUCUUCUUCGUCUCGCCAUCCGCUUACUUCGUAAAGACGAAAUCUCCUCCCAAGUCCUAACAACGUUGCGAGUCUUACUAAUGAUGAAACACAGUGUCUUAAUGGCGUGUGGUCGACAGAUAUGCUUUGGUCUUCACGAACUCCUUCGAACCAAUGCUUCUAGUAUCACUACCACAAGAGACUGGAUCACAGUGUUUACUCUUAUAGAAUGUGUCGGCGCUGCAGCCACGCCUCCCACCGUGACCGCUAGGACCCCGGCUCCAGCACCAACUGUAGUCAAAGACGUCGAUAGUGAUUCAGCUAUUGGAGAAUGUGAUUCGGUUUCCGACGCGUUAUCGACUUGUGAUAGUGAUGUCGGWUCGUUUACGGCAAUCGAAGCUGAUUCGGGGACAUCUACAUCGGGGGAUACAUGGUUGUUGAUAAAUAAAGAUGAAUCGGAUGAUCUACCGGCGAAYCAGUACGACUUGACGGUCAGUGUGCAGCUCAAUAAACACGAUAGCAAGUGUUUUAUCAAGUCUUGUCAAAGCCUAACCUUCUUGAUCCGUGACUGUAAYCACGUAAGGAAAGAGAAYUUCYUACACUGCAUCCACGCUGUCCGCGUCUAUGCUGAAGCUAGUCUCAACAGCGCUGCCGGACUCCGACAAAACGAACACCAAUUCAAGGACCCUCCGGUCGAACCAAAAAGUGGCCGGUCGAAUAAGAAAGGUUCGAGUUCAAAAUCAAAGAAGAGUCCUACCGGUGUUACUAAAAGAAAAUUCGCUCGUUCUUCUGGAAAUAGUUCAUCUACAAGCGAAGAUGAGGUGGAAAUCUUCGAGACGAUCAAUAACGCGUACGACGCUAUGUCGUUACAGCUGAUUGAACUAAUCUACGCACUACAUACCCACGCCGCAAGAUUUUACGACAAAGAUACAGCAGUCACAAAUAUUAACAAACAACCAAGUCAAAAUGGUCCAAAAGUAGGUCUUACUGCGCAGGCUCCAAUCAUUGGUACCCAGGUCCCAGCGCAUCACGUCCAGGUAGAGGAACCCCCCGAAGCAGGGGUCGAGAUGGGUUUCCUGUGGACUAAGUGUUGGUGCCCUCUACUGCAGGGGAUAGCGAGGCUGUGUUGUGAUAACAGGAAGGAAGUGCGCAUGUCUGCUUUGACGUACUUACAGAGGGCUCUAUUGGUGCAUGAUAUGCAGACGUUGUCUGCUGUUGAAUGGGAGUCCUGCUUCAAUAAGGUAGGGUAUAAAAUGCUUACAUGUUACGUCAUUGCCGCCACGUUGGUUKWCGAUAACAAAGCAUUCCUCAUUAGCUUCUCUUGGAUUUUGAGUCAUGUAUUUCUGCAGCAUUUAACAGCAUUGCUAUCUCUCUCGACGUUCACUGCUCUUUGGUUAACAAUCCUUGACUACAUGGACAAGUAYAUGCACGCAGACAAGAGCGACUUGCUGUACGAAGCUAUCCCAGAAUCACUCAAGAACAUGCUCCUCGUCAUGUCUACGGCAGGGAUUUUCGAACAAGAAGAUUACACCUUGAGCUUAGGCAAUGCUGACAAAACCAAACCUGCUGGACCACGCCUCGCACGAACAGAUUCCGAAGUCCACCGCUAUUCAGCRCUAUGGCAGGUCACGUGGGAGAGGAUUGACUGCUUUCUUCCCAAUAUGAAGCAAGAGUURUUYCUGAGGUCACAGCCUUCAUCGAGRGCUAGUUCACCUCAGAGCGCUAGACCCAGUAGUGAUGGAGAAGCAGUGACUGAGAAACCAGAAAAGUCUGCGAACGUUGAAGGAGGGUCUACUAAAAGCAUCCAAGACGCAAGGCCAACCAGCCCUCCCCCCAAAGGAACCAGUAUCACCUCACCUCCCCCCCAAGGACAGCAAGUGUGCGUCAUGCUUCAACCCCCCUUACCGUCGCUUGGAAAUCGGAGCGGGUCUCCGACACAGCUUGGGUCCCUAGCUGACAAUGUUCGUACAUCUGUACCUAUCAUACUAGCACCAAGUCCUGAGCUAAACAAAAAGGGACCCAAACCGGUUCAACCUGUUUGCGAAGCUCAACCGACCAAUGAGAAUACAGAGAAUUCACACGAUCCUUCUCUAAGAGAAGAUAGUACUAUUGAUCUUACUUCUGUUAUUGAAGAAGACGAGGCUACUGAUCAAGCACCGGAGAAGCCUCCCAAGACUGCUAUAUAUGAUAUUUAGACCUUAUACGUGGAUUAAUCUGAUUGGCUGUGAAUAGCCACUAAAAUAUGAGUCGCAGAAAAAAGAAAUGGUUGAAAAACUGAAUUUUGGAAGAAAGAUCUCUUCCUCUUCUAGAAUUAUUUUCAUUCUUCUUGUCAAUCGUUCUGGCUGCCAUCAGCUUACCUCAUCAUGUGACGGAACAAUGAACCAAUGGAAGCACAGCAAUUUAUGACGUCAUUACCAAAGAUGUCGUCAUCACCACAAUUCCAGUCAUUGUUUCAAUCAUGUUUUUAAAUAGACUAAGAAUUUAGUGUUUUAGCGUACUUAAACCAUUCAAGACACUGUUUUUAUCCGCUAUAUUAGAAAUAUCGCUUGUUCAUUGGUGGUGCAACAAGUAAUGAAGUUUGUUAUUUUUUUGGAGAGCUUUCCCAAUAAAGCCCCGUUUACACUGGCGAUUUUUGCUGCGACUUUUGCUGCGGUUUUUGUGAAAAUUUUCGGAAAUAUGAAAUCUUUUGUCUCAUCCUUCAAAAGAGACAUUCGCAUAGGAAAAUCUUGGUGUCCUGAAAAAAACUUUACAAGUAAAUUCUUUACCAUUAUUUAUUAUGGACAAAAUCGCAAAAAAAUCGCUAAUGUAAACGGGGCUUAAGAUUGCAGUUUCUAAUCAGUGGGAAGACCGGGUCGAAUACGGACAAUUGUGAAAACGGUGCUAUAAAUAUAUCUAUUUGUCAGUGAUUUUUUGUUCAUUUUGUCAUCAAAAUUGGGCUGCAUUUUUGAGCUCAAUGGUAUUAAACAACUACUUACACCUAUUGCAAAAAAAGUUUGUCAUCGCCAAAGGCGAUAGGGGAUAAGCGAUAUAGAUAGGUUAUUCCAAGAUCCAAGAAUAACUGGAAUGACUUGUGUUUCUGUUUCUUUUUCUCGUCAAGAACAUGGACCUUAGUGUUGAGACUGAUUCAGUGUUCUUUGUAGUCGACGAAGCCAUUUCCGUCUCGGAAUGACAUAUCGCCUAUCGUCUUCGCUAUCGGCGAUGACAACGUUUAUUGAAACAGGUGCAUAUUUGAAAUUCUCAUUUUAUCCUGCCUGGUCAACAACUGUCCUAUCUUCCCAGUCCUUUCACUCUUGAAUAAGCAAAGGUUGAGACAAGGGUGGUGCGGUCUCAAGACGGACGACAGAAAGAACACGUUCUUUUACGUGCGCACGUCACCGUCUUUAAGCCAKGUAUUCCUCAUCAUGACGUCGUUAACGUUCUGAURAGGCCAGCGGUCUUKAAGAGAAACAUGCGCACAUGGAAAAGAAUGGGUUCGCGUUGUCGACUUGAGAUCUUCAACUCCUUUGUGGAAUGUUGGAGCAAAUUUUGUAUGAUCUUAAACAAUGACUUUUCAUCUGACCUCCGUUUCSAUAAACCUUUCCCGAAUUCSCUUGCGWUACCACUAAACUUUAUCAAGUCCGUUGUUUCGCGGUCACGCAAGCGAAUUGGGAAAAUUUAUAAAUAAAUUCAGUGAAUAUGUCACGGAGCCGAAACCAUGACGCCACUUGCGUUACCCGAAUAGUCAUUUAGCGCACUGUGAUUGGCUGAAAUGUAAUCGUCCAUUACGUUCACGUAACGGUGCUGCGCGCCGUGACGUUUGGCGCGGUGCGUACGAAAUCCAYUCAAUUACCUCCAUAACGCCUAAAGAUUCUUAGAACUGAAUGAUUGGGAAAUUCUGGGAGCUAUAAACCUUGUUAAUUCGAGUAUAAUGUUUUCUCAUUUCAAACCASUUUGAAUAAGAUUCUCUGUUUGAAUCAGAA